ACGCCGCUGACAUCUUCUUUGCCCAGAGCUGGAAAGACUGGCGCCUCCGUCUACCUGAUAACAUGACUCAUGAAUACCGUCUACUACCUGUCGCCUGGCUCAAGGACAUCUGGCGGCCGGAUUCCUUCUUCAAAAACGCCAAAGCCGUCACCUUCCAGGAGAUGACGAUCCCUAACCACUACAUCUGGCUCUAUCAGGACAACACCAUCCUCUACAUGGUCAAGCUGACGCUGGUUCUCUCCUGUGCCAUGAACUCCAGGUGUACCCGCACGACACCCGGAGUGCCACAUGAAGAUCGAGGCUUAUCACACACGACGGAUGACCUGGUGUUCAUCUGGGACCCGGAAGUACCCGUUGAGGUAGAGAGGAGUAUCGAACUCCCUCAGCUGGACCUGGUCAAGAAAUACACCGGCGAUUGUACUCAGGUGUACUCAACAGGUAACUUCAC